UGUUAACCGACUAAAUUCUUGUUGAAAAACUUUUCUGUGCUUCGUCCCAUGUAGAAAUAGUAAAAACAUGGCAGGAAGGGAAUACGGAUCAAGAAGUUACGGAGGUGGUGGAGGAGGAGGUCGGUACGAAGGCGGAGGAGGUGGGGGACACGGAGGAGGCGGUGGUGGAUAUGGAGGAGGUGGCGGAGGAUACGGUGGAGGCCGUCAACCUCGUCCUCUCCCAGAUGAGCCACCGUUCACAGCUUUUGUCGGGAAUCUCCCCCUGGAAUUGGUUCAAGGAGACGUUGAUGAUAUAUUUAAGGAGCUGCGUGUGCGAAGUGUCCGACUAGUUCGGGAUAAAGAAUCCGACAAGUUCAAGGGGUUCUGCUAUGUCGAGUUCGAAGACAGAGCUUCUUUAGAGGAAUCCUUAUCAUACAAUGGAGCACAAGUAGAAGGAAGACCCUUGAGAGUUGAUGUUGCAGAGGGGAGAAAGAAUGACAGGGAUGGACGAGGAGGUGGGAGGGGAGGCCGAGGUGGACGUGGCGGAGGUCGAGGUGGGUUUGAUGAUAGAGGUCGGGGAGGGGGAUUCGAGGACAGACGAGGAGGUGGAGGCGGAGGAGGUUAUAACGACGAAAGAGGAUUCAGAGAGGAUCGUCGUGGCGGAUCCAGAGGCGGGUAUGGCGGAGAGCGGGGCGGAGACAGAGGUUAUGGCGGAGACAGGGGAGGAGACAGAGGCGGGUUCGAGGAAAGAAGAAGAGAACGAAAAAACUCAGAUAGACAUCACGGAGAAGAUUUUAAAGAAGCAAAUCCAGAGGAUGCCUCCCGGCGUCCCCGGCUUCAGCUGCUACCCCGGACUGUUAAAGAUCCCGUGAAUCAGAUUGCCAGUGAUCUUCAGCAAGCUAAAAUAUUCGGAGGAGCCAAACCUGUGGACAGAAAGGAGGAUGAGAAGGAGAAGGAUGAAUCACAGGAGCAGUAGAGAAUAUUCAUUCAUUCAUUCAUCAAUUCAUUCAUUCAUAACUGUGUGCGCUGAAUGAUUCAAGACUAGGGACUUGAAUGUGUGUGUAUAUAUUUCUACUUGGAUAAUGUCAACUUAAAUAUUAGUGGGGAUCCACCCCCACCCCCUCUCAACUCAACUUUGUACUUUUCAGACUCUAAUGUAAUUCUUUACACAUUGUAAAUAAUUUUUUUGCGCUCCCAAAAAUCUACAUAAUUUUUAUACUUAUUUAUAAAGCUAUCCAACAGCAUAAAAAAUCUGAAUUUUUAAUAUCGGGCAAAAUUUUCUUUUGAUCAUGUUGAACUGAAAUUGAGAGAAUUAUUUUGAUGCUGGUCACAAAACAGCUGAAAAUAAAAGAGAAUUUUUUAAAAAUAAUCAUUUUAAAAUAUUCAGUUAUAAUAUUGCUCGGCUUUUAUCAAAUCAGCGUGACCGGUGGUAUUUUUUAAACAACGCUAGAAUUUCCCGUUUUUUAUCCUAAAAUUUGAUGUUUUGUUUAAACCUGCUGUAUGCAGUUGUACCGUACAGUCAGAACAGUAGCAAAUUGUUAGACCGUACAUACCACUGGUACAGUACUGUACAGUUGAGUUCAGUAUCAUCUUAAUAAAUGUCAAAUCUGA